GCCCUGGCUACGCCUACGGCACUGGUCGCGCGCUCGGCGUCGGCGGUGCUUACGGCGCCAGCGGUGUGUACGGCGCCGGCGGGGCGUACGGCGCCGGCGGUGCACUCGGCGGCGGCGGCGCGGACUGCGGCACGGCGACCUGCGCCAGCGUCACGGCCUGCAUGGGCUGCGGCCCUGGCUGCGGCGUGGCCUGCGCCGAGGGCUCAGGCUGCGGCACGGGUGGCGCCACGACCAUAAGCUACGUGGGCCCGGGGGGCGACUACGCCCAGGAGACCACCUACAGGUACGUCGGCAUGGGCGCGGGCGAGUUCGGGGCGGUCCGCAUCCCCGGGCGCGGCCCCAACAUGUGCCUGAUCUGCCUCGUCCCCCUGGGGCUGUCGCUCCUCGCGCUGCCAUUCCUGAUGUUUGCGAUGGCGCCCGGCUCGACCACCACGACAACGACGACGACGGUGACGAUGCCCCCCGCGCCGGUGCUUGACCGGCCGACUCCCCCGCCUGACGCGCCGACUACGACCACCGAGAAGACCACCACCACGGCGGCGCCGCCCCCGCCGCCCCCGCCUCCGCCGCCCCCGCCCCCGCCUCCCCCGCCCCCGCCCCCCCCGCCCACCACCACGGAGAAGAAGAUCAACUGCGGCGAGGGCGAUGUCGUGUCCUGGGACGUGCCCAAGAAGGUCUACUGCUGCCUGCACGAGGGCAAGGGAUGCCCGACGACACCGACUGCUCCCAGCACUAUGCCGGCGCCGGUGCCGGUCCCUGUCCCCGUCACGGUCGCGCCAGUGGUCACCACGGCAAGGAGCACCACGUCCCCGUGCCCGAUAGACUGCAACGCUGGAUACAACGACCUCGACCCGCUGCAGUGGGUCCGCGGCUGGUCCGGCGAGAAGAAGCUCUACUGCUGCAAGACCGCGAACAGGGGCUGUCCCUCGGAGCUGCCCCCGCCCUCCGGCCUCCCGCAGGGCGACGCCCCCCCCGAGAAGGACAACAGCGAGUACGACUGCGACGCGGGCUACCACCACUGCAUGCACUGCCUGGAGCUGUCCUGGUCGCCGCAGAAGAUCGACUACUGCUGCAAGAAGGAGCACAAGGGCUGCAAGGGCGAGGAGCCCGAGUGA